AUGUCUCAACAUUUUGGUAACCAACUAGAUAAUAAUCGAGCAACUCCUGGCGGCGAUGGAAGUAGUAACAAAACUCCUCCCGAAAUCAAUGCUACUGAUGAUGACAAUGACGAUGAAGAGGUUGACGUGGUAGAUCCAAAAGGGAUCAACAACGCUUCCAGUAGUAAAUGGGGAGCACAAGAAGAUGAUGCACUUGUAUCCGCUUGGAUUCAUUGUGCGAUUGAUGAUCCAGAAAAGGCGACAAAUCAGACUUUAAGGGAUAUGUGGAAAAGUAUAUAUGAUUUGUAUGAGCUAGCUAGGGUAGAAAAGUCUUCUAUCAUACAACGUAGGACUUUGAGAGCUAUGAAAGGUCGAUGGGGUAGAAUUAACAAAGAAUUAAAUAUAUGGGUCGGUUGCUACGCGGAAGCACAACGUAGAAAUGGGAGUGGUACCAACAACCACAAUGUUAUGACUGAUGCUCAAGAAAUGUAUAGAGCAGCACAAAAUGGAGCACGAUUUACUUUACUCAGUGUGUGGGAAGAGCUGCGUAAAUGUGAUAAAUGGAGGCCAACAAACAAGCAAGUGCCGGAAACCAGUGAAAGUGGUAGCUCCAAAAGGUCAGAAUCAGAUACUCUUACAGAUGACGGAAGGCGUGGACGACCCGAUGGGGUGAAAAUGGCUAAAAGAAAAGGUAAAUCAGUUGCUAGUUCUGGAAUUAAUAGUUUAGAUUCGUUUACCCAAGCCCUAUCAAAGAUGAAUAUGAUGAAAGAGCAAUACUUAAAUGUUGAUGAGAAGCGAGCAGAUGUAGCAAAACAAAUGUUGGAUUAUCAAAAGGAGCGAGAUGUCAUGAAGAGACAGAGAAAAGAGGAGAAGAAGAGGUUCAAACUAUUCAGUGUUCUACUUGCAAAAUCACACCUCACCGAAGAUGAUGAAAAACUUCUUCAGAAACUAAAAGAGGAAUUUAGCCAUCUCUUAGGUUAG